AUGCUGUUCACUUCAUUGCUCUCCGUCCUUGCUCUGCAAGUCUUGGGCGCCACCGCGGCCGACGCCGCGCCGCCCGCCUCUGACAGCAAGCAGCCCCAGCUGGCCGCCGACGUGAAGACCACCUUCCCCGACGCCGACAUUCUGGGCGUGCGCCUCAUCAACGGCCGUCCGACCAAGGCCCUCGUCGAAAUCACCAACAAGGAAGACUCACCCAUUCAAAUCGCCUUCCUUGCCGGCGUCCUGGCUACCACGCAGACCCUCCCCGAAGGAACGCCCGCGUACCAGGGCAUCAUUCGCAACCUGACGGCCGUGCAGUACAACCACGCCAUCGAGGCCGGCGAGACCAAGAGCUUCCCCUACUCCUUUGUCGUCGACAUGCAGCCCCAGGACGUGAGACUGCAGCUCGCCGCUGUUCUCACCAGCGCCAAGGGCGAUCUGUACCAGGUGGAAGCCCACGAUGGUGUCGCUGGCAUUGUCGAAGCCCCCACUAGCUUCCUCGAUCCUCAAAUCAUCUUCCUCUAUCUCGUCCUGUCUGCCGCCUUCGCCGGAACCCUCUACUUCGUCUACAAGACCUGGAUCGAAGCCCUCUUCCCGCAAGCCAAGCGCACCAAGCCCGCCGCUGGUCCCAAAAAGGCCAAGAAGUCCCCCGACGCUGACGCUGCCCUCUCUGGCUCCGAGUCCGUCGGCACCACUACCGGAAGCAAGACCUACGACGAGAGCUGGAUCCCCGAGCACCACAUCAACCGUCCUGUUGCGAAGCGCUCCAAGUCCACUCCCAAGAAGAAGGUUGUCGAGUAA